AUGUUCACCAACUCUGUCCGCGCCUCGGCCUCGGGUGCUCUCCGCACCGCUACCCGCGCCCAGCGCGUCCCCGUCGCCCGCACCAUGGCCACCCUCACCGAGGAGCAGCGUCUGCCUGCCAAGUUUGGCGGCAAGUACACCUGCACCCUCAUCCCCGGUGACGGUAUCGGCCCCGAGGUCGCCAACUCGGUCAAGGAGGUCUUCGAGGCCCUCAAGGUCCCCGUCGAGUGGGAGCAGUACGACGUUUCGGGUGACAACGUCACCGACGCCGCCUUCCAGGAGUCGCUCGAGUCGCUGAAGCGCAACAAGGUCGGCCUCAAGGGUAUCCUCUACACCCCCAUGGCUCAGUCGGGCCACAACUCGUGGAACGUCGCCAUGCGUCAGACCCUUGACAUUUACGCCUCGGUUGUUGUCUGCAAGACCCUCCCCGGCUUCCCUACCCGCCACGACAACGUCGACUUUGCCAUCAUCCGUGAGAACACCGAGGGCGAGUACUCGGGUCUCGAGCACCAGUCGUACCCCGGUGUCGUGGAGUCGCUCAAGGUCACCACCCGCGCCAAGGCCGAGCGCAUUGCCCGCUUCGCCUUUGACUUUGCCAUCAAGAACAACCGCAAGAAGGUUACCUGCGUCCACAAGGCCAACAUCAUGAAGCUCGGUGACGGUCUUUUCCUCAACACCUGCAAGCGCAUUGCUGAGGAGGAGUACGGCCACACUGGCAUCAAGUUCGACUCGAUGAUUGUCGACAACGCCUCGAUGCAGCUCGUCUCGAAGCCCCAGCAGUUCGACGUUGUCGUCCUCCCCAACCUUUACGGUAACAUCAUCUCCAACAUUGGUGCCGGUCUCGUUGGCGGCCCCGGUGUCGUUCCCGGCUGCAACUUUGGCCGCGAGUACGCCCUCUUCGAGCCCGGAUGCCGUCACAUCGGCAAGGACAUUAUGGGCAAGAACAAGGCCAACCCUACCGCCCUCCUCCUCUCGUCGACCAUGCUCCUCCGUCACCUCGGCCUCGACGAGCAGGCCAACCUCCUCGCUUCGUCGGUCUACGACGUCAUUGCCGAGGGCAACCACCGCACCGCCGACGUCGGUGGCACCACCACCACCACCGAGUUCACCUCGGCCGUCCUCCGCAAGGCCCUCAUCUAA